UCUGUCACUACAAGUUGGAUUACUAUGAUGUGUCCCAAGAAGUUCUGGCUGUUUAACUUCAGCAAACUCCUGAUAGUACCACUGCACUCAAUCUUAAGCCCUGUAAUCAUCUUCACCUUUACAAUGGCAAAGAAGCUGAGGCAGAACUCAAAAGCAUGGACAAUGCUUCUUCUUCCUUUGCAUUUGCUAAAGAACCCAUCAGGCACAAUCUGGUUGUUUUCCAAGGAGGUGAAGGGGCUUUGCAGGUUUUGCUUCCACUUGUUGAUGUCAUUCCUGAAGCUAGGCUAAACUCAGUGAUUUACUACCACCGCCAAGAUGAUGUACAGGAAAGUUAUAACUUAAUUAAGGAUCUGGAACCUACUAUGCCUCGGGAGUAUAUUCUCAAAGGAGUGGUCAGUGCAGCCCUUGGCCAGGAAAUGUGUUCAAGGAACCAACUGAAAAUUGCCCAGCAGUUCUUCCAGUUGGUGGGAGGAUCAGCUAGUGAAUUUGAUACAAUACCAGGGAAACAGUGCAUGGCUUCCUUCUUCCUGCUUGAGCAAUUUGAUGAUGCCUUGAUUUACCUCAACUCAUUUAAGAGUUACUUCUAUAAUGAUGACACCUUUAAUUAUGCACAAGCUAAAGCAGCAACAGGCAAUACCAGUGAGGGUGAAGAGGAGUUCCUCCUGAUCCAAAGUGAGAAGAUGAAAAAUGAUUACAUUUAAAUCAGUUGGUUAGCUCCGUGCUAUAUCAUGAAUAAGAAACCAAGGCUAGCCUGGGAACUUUAUCUCAAGAUGGAAACCUCUAGUGUGUCCUUUAGCCUCUCACAGCUCAUUGCUAAUGAUUGCUACACAAUGGGCCAGUUUUACUAUUCAGCCAAAGCUUACAAUGUUCCUAGAAAGGCUGGAUCCCAAUCCUGAAUAUUGGGAAGGCAAGAGGGGUGACUGUUUGGGCAUUUUUCAUAUCUUAACCAGAAGAGAACACAAAGAGACCCUUCAGGAAGUGCUACAUUUACUGAGAAGCACCGGUAACACCCAAGUAGUGUACAUUAUCCAGAUCAUGAAGAAACGGGACAAAGAAAACAGAGUACCUGUCUAAAAGAACUUCAGAGUUCUAGAGGGAACCAGUCGCCACUCUGAGAUAAAAUUGGAAAUCUUUUUCUACGUUUAAUGCAAGACACAGGGCUCUGUUUUACUGACGUCUCUUCAGGCCUCAAGAUCAGUGACUGACUUGCUUAGCUCUGGCCUCCUGGCUGAACAAAAUGCCACAGUCUAUGUUGCAGCCCCUCUAUGAUCCCACAAGCAAUAAGACUUUAGACUUCUCCUGUGCCUUUUUUUCCAAAAAUGUUCAUAGUAAUCUUGUGUAACUUAUUUGAAGGAGAAUGGCAUAACUUCUUUUUUUAUAUUAGCACUUCAUGGCAUUUUCUCCUAGCUGCAAUAACAAACAUCUUUGUGGCUCAAGAGUCACCAUUAUUCUGUCAUCUCAUGUUUAGCCAUCUCUGUAUAUUAUCCCGUUUUACUGGGGAAUUCUGUAAAGGGUUUUUUAAUGCAUCUCUGAAACCUGGGAGAACAGAGGCUGUAACCAACUAUAUGAUUCUAAGAAUGGCAGCGAGAUCUUUUAUCAAACUGUCCAGGCAUU